AAUUUCCUUUUUCCAACACUCAAACCGGCUGCAAACCCAUCAUCAUCAAAGACAGCACAUCUUGAACUAGUCGCACAAUAUAAACUUUUUGGUAACAUAGCCUCUAUGGGAGUUGUGCGAACGAUUUCCUCGGGCAUUAAUGGCAUGGAUAGUCUUUUAUUAAGUUUCAAGGAUGCGAAGGUGUCCCUUCUGGAAUGGUCAUUGGCAACAAAUAGCAUCGUUACGGUUUCAAUUCAUUAUUAUGAACGUGAGGAGUUUAAGACUGAAUUUCUAGCAAACACUUGCACUACCGAGUUAAAGGUUGAUCCUUCCAAUAGAUGUGCAGUUUUGAACUUUUAUGGUAAUAAAUUGGCAAUUCUUCCAUUCCGUCAAGAAGAUACCACAAAUUUAUCUGAAGAUGAAAUCACUAAAAUCGCCAGUAAUCUGCCCUAUUUGCAAAGUAUCGUUUUUGAUGUAUCGUCUAUUGACUCACAAAUUAAAAUCAAGAAUGUUAUUGACAUGGAAUUUUUAUACGGAUGCCAUGAACCCACUUUGGCGAUACUUUUUGAAUCUUUUCAAACAUGGCCAGGCAAGUCGAAUUCAAUAAAAGACACGUGUUCAGUUAUUACAGUGACAUUAGACAUUUCUAAACAAAAAUACCCUGUCGUAUUUACACGGGACACUUUACCACAAACUUGCUUAAAGUUAAUCUCGGUCCCAGACUCUAUGGGCGUUAUAAUAAUCACUUCUGAUGCCAUAAUUUAUAUUGAUGAUAGUUCACUAGGAAUUGGAAUAGCCGUUAAUACUUAUGCAUCAUCAACAACAAGAUUCCCAUUAGAUAAAACAUAUGAAAAUCUUGGACUUGCCUUAGAAGGGUCUUGUCACGUUAUUUUGGAUAACAAAGACAUAUUACUUUCUUUAAGCAAUGGCAACUUAUAUGUGAUCAAAUUGGUAGAAAAUGAAGAAACGGUGACGGGAAUUCGGAUUGAAGAAGCAGGCAAUAGUACAUUUCCGUCAUGUGCUUGCAAAUUUUCGAAAGGAUAUUUCAUUUUAGGUUCGAGAUUAGGUGAUACCCAUUUAAUUAAGUAUUAUUCUUCGAAAAAGGAUCAAGAGAAACAAAAUACGAACGGUGCAACAAACAACAAUAGACAACCGAUAAAUAACUCAAUAGGUGAUGUUAGAAAAUCCGCAACUAGUUUUCUUGAGAUGUCAGAUUAUAAAUUUAUAGUGUGUGAUACUCUUAUCAACGUUGGUCCUAUUGUAGACAUGGCUUUUGGUGAAUUAACUUAUCCGGAAGAAGAAUCUCAAUUACAUAUAAUACAGAAAAAUCUCGAAAUAGUUACUUGUACAGGAUAUAAUGAUGAAUCAUCAAUUUGUGUAUUUCAUAGAAAUGUAAACCCGAUAGUGAAUAAUUCUUUUCCAAUGGAAGAUUGUACAAAUAUAUGGACAGUUUCUUGUCGGGAUUCAAUGUUUAUAGGAAUUUCUAUGGAAAGUUCGGGAUCAAAAAUUGACUCUAAUAAUGGAAUCAAUAGUGAUUUCUUUGAUAAAUAUCUUUUUAUUUCAAAGAAAGACAAAACGAUGGUUUUAGGAUGCGGUGAGGAAUUGCAAGAACUUCAACAAACAGAUUUUUAUACGGAUGGUCCAACAAUAAAUAUUGGAUGCUUGUUAAACGGGACGCGUAUUUUACAAGUAUACGAUCAUGGGCUUCGUUUUGUAGAUAAUGAAGGAAAACUUACACAAUUAAUUCCAAUCGAUGAAACAUUUGAAAAAGGCCUGGUUGUAUUUGCGAGUAUUGUGGAUCCAUAUGUGUUAUUGCUAUUUGAUAAUGGAGAUAUUGCAUUGAUGAAAGUAGAUGAAAGAACAAAAAACAUUGGAGCGUGUUCACAGCCCGAACGCAUUAAUGUUAUCCCGACAGUAUCUUGUUGUAUAUAUCGAGAUGACUCAGAGCUUUUUUCUCUUGUUAAAGAUGCAACUCAAAAACUAUCUCUUUUAAAGUCUGAUCAUAAAAACAAAACAACUACAUAUUUUUCACCCAUGAACCUGGAUGAUGAUGAAUUCGAUGAAUUAUGUAAAGGCUUUGAAACUCAGAAUUUAAAUGAAAGCAAAGAAAAUUCUAUGGAAAUAGAUGAGGAAGUUAAAUUGGAUGAAACGCCACAAGUUAUGGGUGAAGUUAAUGAAGAAAAUGUGAGCGGUAAAGUUGAAAAAGUGAAAGAAGUAACUUAUUGGUGUACGUUAUUUAAACAGGAUGGUUCUUUAGAGAUUUUUAAGCUUCCCAACUUCGAAGAGGUUUUUCUUUUCCCACAUUUUGACUUGUCGCCGGCAGUUCUUGUCGAUUUUGCCUCUCGACAGAAUUUAAAUUCUACUUCACAAAAAUCUGAAAUAAAAGAAAUUUUAUUGAUAAAUCUUGGAAAGAGAUCAAAGGAACCUUAUUUAGUCGCGCGCACUAUUGUGGGGGAUAUAAUUAUAUAUAAAGCAUAUCAAUAUAUUCCCGGUAGCGAUGUAUUUGAUCCUUUUCAAAAAUCACAAUCACAAGCCGAAUUGUCUGAACGUCUGGCGAUACGAUUUUCGCGAGUUUCUCAGGAAUAUAUAUCACGCGAGACUAUCUAUAGUGAUAUUCAUGAUAAACCCGUCUCUAAAAGAUCUACUCAACAAGAACCUAAUAAAAAUGAUAUAGACCAAUUUGAUGAUGCAAUAGAGAGACAAAAUUUUCGACUCGGACCAACAUCACGGAAAAUCAUACCCUUCUCUAAUGUUGGUGGUUAUAAUGGAGUAUUUGUAACUGGUGUUAAACCUGCAUGGUUAUUAAUAGCAAAUAACAAUUUCUUGAGAUUACAUCCUAUGAGUGCCGAUGGUGAAAUCAAAUGUUUUACUCAGUUUCAUAAUGUACAUUGUAAACAAGGUUUUCUUUAUGCUAAUCGUGAGGAUAUGUUAAGAUUAUCUGAAUUACCAUCUGACUUUCGAUAUGAUAUGGAAUGGCCCAUUAAGAAAAUUCCUUUAAACCGAACGGGUUACGGCAUCGAAUAUCAUGCAGAAAUGCAAGUAUAUGCAUUGGCAACUUCCAUUCCAGUUGAAUUUAUUUUAAGAGAUGAGAAUGGGGACCCUAUUAAUGAUGUAGAGCAAGAAAGAGAUCAAUUGUUGCCAGAAACUCAAAAAUUCUCGCUAGAAUUGAUAUCUCCGGUAACAUGGGAAACAGUAGACAGCUAUGGUUUUUUGGAAGAUGAACAAAUUCUUUGUAUCAAAUGCGUAAAUCUUCAAACGAAAUCUACAUCCAGUGGACGAAAGUCUUUCAUUGCUGUUGGUACAGGUUUUUUCCGAGGCGAGGAUGUGGGCAUGCGAGGAAAUGUAUACAUAUUUGAAAUAAUCGAAGUUGUUCCCGAACCAGAUAAUCCGCAAACAAAUCAUAAGUAUAAGUUACUGUGUCAUGAAGAGGUGAAAGGUUCUGUAACUGCAAUUUGCGACGUUAAAGGAUACUUAUUAACUUGUGUUGGUCCAAAGAUAUUUAUACGCGCUUUCGAAGAUAACGAUAGACUAAUUAGUGUGGCGUUCAUAGACAUUCAAAUUUACGGCAAUAGCGUAGUUUCUGUUAAGGACUACAUAUUAUUGGGAGAUGUAUACAAGAGUGUUUGGUUUCUUGGAUUCCAGGAAGAACCAGCAAAAUUAAUAUUGGUUGGUAAAGACUAUCAUUCAUUGGAAGUUAGUUGUUUAAAUUAUUUAAUCGAUGAGCCAAUGUUAUACAUCGCUGUAGCAGAUAUGGAUAAAAAUAUCCACUUAUUUCAAUACGCACCAUAUAAUGUUCAGUCUUUUGCGGGACAAAAACUUAUUCGUCGUGGUGAUUUUCAUAUUGGUGCACAAGUGAAAGUGAUGUUAAGCAUGCCAAAGAAAGAAUUAGUAAGAACUGAUCCUAUUGAACAAGGAGGAACUCUUGAUGGUAGCAUAAACAUUAUUACACCGAUACCUGAGAGAAUGUAUAAACGAUUACAACUAUUACAUUCUAAGAUGGUGACUGGAUUACAACAUAUCGCGGGUUUAAAUCCUAAAGCUUUCAGACUCCUUAAUUCGAAACAGAAAUUGGCUAUUAAUCCAGCCAAAGGGAUUUUAGACGGCGAUCUCCUGUUUCAAUUCCAAAACCUUGCUGUGCAUCGUCAAAAAGAAAUGACCAAGCAUAUAGGUACAACGGUGGAAAGGAUCAUAGAUGAUUUAUUAGUAGUGCAAGAAUCUUGUGAUUAUUUCUAG